UGAGUUGGUUACAUCCAAAAACCAUAUAACAUAUACAUUUUGCCGGGAAGCCAUCAUACAGUGUCAUGUCGAAUUCUCCGGCACUGAGGCCUCGCUCAGUGUCCGAUAAGCCGUUGGGCCGAUCGCAUAACAGCUUGUGGAAUGCCGCGCUUCGGGCUCGUUCUGGUGAAGCUGACGGCAAAUUGACCGAAGAACCUCCUGCUUCGGAUACAGACAAAUCUCAAGGGAGGGCUUCUACAAAUGAGAGACCAAAGCCGGACGGGCAAAGACGAGGUAGGGCGCGGGGAGCGACAAUAAGUGGAACUCAAGUCACUCCAGUAGUGGAAAUAGUUCAACCAACUCGUUCUGGAAGCACUUGGGGACUAGAUGACGGUAGAAUGGUAGUGCAGCAGGUCGCUCCCGCCAGCACCUAUCCUUACAUAGUCAGCAAGGCCGAGGACAUUGAUUCGAUUUUGGAGGCGGCAGACGCAGCUAUGGAAAAAAUUAAAGGAAAAAAAUCUGGAGUCGUAACUAGAAGUUCCAGUUUCCGUUCCCCUGGCCCUGGCGACCGACUUAACGUACGAGACAUUGACGACUUAACGACAGCAAACGCCCGCAAGGUGGAACAAUCUACCACUCCUCGCCAUUCUUUGGCAACCCGCUUGGCCAGUGGCUUCCGCUUGAGUACUGUAAGACCGAAUUCUGCCCAACUAUCAGCAGGCCUGGGAGGGUCGUCUAUGUCAUUUGCAGACAACUUUCCAACCAUCGGAAGAAGCACGCUCGGGUUGGCAGCUCCAGUACCACUUGCUCCUGCUAAUUCUUUGCCCGAAAGCCAUUUUCCUCAAACUCUUACCACCGCUAGCGAGGAUAUUGACAGAUUAACAGGGAUUGGGAGCGGUGAAAACUGGGAAAGGACUGGGUCGAAGCUUACAGUAGAUAUUCCUGCAGCUACUGACGAUUUUGAUGUCGAUAAUAUGCUGGCCUUGGGAAGCGCAUCGCCAUCGGAAAACCCUCCACAGUCCCAGCAUUCACCGUCGACACGAAUGGAGAAGCCUCGGGUUAAGAAUCGACUUGGAUUUCACUCUGCAAGAAUUACCGGCACUGCACCAAUGGAUGGCCCAGACUCGCCGGCAACCUCUCCUGUAUCCCCUAACCGGAAGUCCCCUGUUACGAGCACCACUAUUACACCUGCAGAAGAAGAAACGAGGGACAUUGAUGAUGUUUUGUCGAUGGAUCCCAAUCCAGCGGCGUCCGUUCUGGCAAGUUUGCCCCGUGUUUUCACUGACGCAGAUGAUUAUUUGCUGGUGAACCAAGUCCCACCUAUUCCGAAGAUCCUCAUUGGGGAGCCACUCAUGCCCAAGCGAAAAUCAGCAGACAAACUGAACAAUUCCUUGCCAUUGCUAGCGGGGCAGGACAUGACGUCUCCAGAUACGCAGAAGAAAUCAGUAUGGCACUCGACUGGUAGCCUGAAAUAUCCACUGGGUGUCGCCGGAGACAGCAGUCGCACCAAUGUGUUGGAUGGCGGUAUGGAGAGAGUGCUAACUACAGAUUCCGUGCGCCAUAAGCGAGAGCAGACACCGCCGAUUUUUUGCCUGAGAGAUGACACCCGUGCCGCGGAAGACAUUGGAGCGUUCAUCGAUAUCGGCACCCCUCUUGUGCAGUCAACGGAGAUACUUCCGGAAAACGAAAACACAGAGAGAGAUAUCGAGAUGCUGCUAGGGGCGGGCGACGCCACGUCGGCGUCUACUGGGCUUGAGACUAUAGGGGCAUCUUCUCCGCCACAAGGUCGAACAACCAUUGCAGGUACACACCCGCUACAAGCGAAGUCCGCACCAUCACAUGCGUUGGUAAGGAGCAUGAACGCCUUGGACAGAUCGUAUCGUGUUAGUUUCAUAGAAAUCGAUAAUGCUAUCGAGGCCCGUCACUCUACCAACCCCCAAGCAAGUGCCAUGGCUAUUGACCCAGCAAGUCUUGACAUUGACCAGUUCGUGGCAGGGGAACGGCCUACAUUUUGGCCGAAGCGGGGACGGGAGGCUUCGGCGAAAUCACGGACCUCGCUCGAGCGAAGUCUUGUAGCUAGCUCACGAUUAGGGUUAGGAGAAAACGAUAAGCAUGAAGACAUUGAGCACAAAAAUCGGCCGCGCGCGUUUUCAGAACCACAGCGAGGAAGCGGCUCCGAAGUAAAUGCCAGUAAACUUAUGAAAACACUGUCGCCUCCCGUACAACGCCGAUUAACUUCGUUGGAUAUCAAUCAUUUCAUGGGAAUCGCAGAUACGAUCGAAGCGGAUAGCUCAGGACUGCCGAUGGGGGCAAGUGCAAUGAGGAUUGGUGAUGUUGGUGGGGAUAGUGUCGCACCCGAUAUCAAAGAGUAUAUUGGCCUUGGGCGUCCAGUAGACGGGCAACAACAUAGCCUGGAGUCAUCAGCCGACGACGUGAGCUCAAACCCGCAAUCUAAUACAGAAGAUAUGCUGGUAACGGAUGAAACGGGGACCUCAUAUUCCGCAGUGUCGAGUAGUGUCACGAGCUCGGCCCUCCAUCGGCUGGAGCGGCGAGCUUCAUCUACGGGCCAUUUAGCGCAGAUUCAACGUGACGCCAGGAGAAAGAGACAGCUUCACAACGUCAAUUCUCACUCCAGUGCAGCCAUGUUGGGUUCGCAGCCGCGCGAUAAUGGUGCACAAAGCUCGUCCAAGCCAACUCGUAAGAGGGGAAGUCUUGACGAAUUAGCUUUUCUCAGAAAAAGACAAUAUUCAUCCGAGGGACCCCGAGGACCUGAAGUCGCACCAUUAACAGUUACCGCCAGCAUUGUCGAGCUGACUCCGCCAAAGAUCGAUAUCGACGAAUUGCUUUGUUGGGGCAGAGAGUUUUGUGCUGUAAUGGAACGUAAGUUUUCGGUAGCCACCCACAAUACCAACGUGAGCGGCCAUUCAAGACCCGCUUCGGCGAUCGAAACGAGUACUGAGCCGAUCACAUCUAUAAGUACCGACGGCAUGGCCAGCUCUACAAGGAACUUAGUGGCAGUAAGCUGAGCUGAGGGGAAAAGUUUUAGGGAUACCGGUCUAUGUAUAUAUAUCAAGGCUGUGUAGGCGUAGGGGAUUUAUCUGGCUCUUGGGUGCCAUAGCAGCUGAAUGGUAAGGAAUAUACUUCCCGACAAUGUCGGAUGUGGUGAAUAUUAUGUAGUAGCAUUUAUGUGGCAGACAACUCUGUUCUGCUUAAAUACAUCCGUUGUAAAUGUCAAA